AAAAACAAUGUGAGAGCUCCAUUGUUGUGAACUGCAGGAGGGACCUUAGUUAAGGCUACCAAGAGUGAGUGCUUCUCCAAGUUGCUUGAUAAAAACUCGAUUCGAGUUCGAUCUGUGAUUAAAUUCCAAGAAACAAUCAAAUGAAUAAAAAGGUGAGCUUUAAAAAGUCCUUUGAAGCUAAAUUGAAGAAUUCACAAGUACCUGCAAAGAAGAAAGCAAUCAGCCUAUACACAGCAAUGUCAGUGGCUCAUGUAAAUGAUGACGACCAAGAGUCCAAAUCCGGCGACGUUCAUCAUGUCGAAGAAGCCCUUCCCGGGGGCAACUUUUGUGCAGGCCAAUGGUGCAAGAGUUUGGCCCAUGGCAAAGGCAACUAUCUAUGGCCUGAUGGUGAAGAAAACUCAAGGAAUGGGGUUGAAAGAGUGGGAGAUAUUCGACACGAAUGUUCGGCGACAAAGGCACGAUUUCCACUUCUUGAGAUGUCAAUGAAGAGGCAAGGGCAGGCGAUAUCCAGAGGGCACAAGAACUAUGAACUCAUGCUCAGCUUGCAGCUUGGCAUCAGACAUUCUGUUGGAAGACCUGGUCCUGCUAUAAACCUUGAAUUGAAAUCUUCAGCAUUUGAUCCCAAGGAAAAAGUAUGGACCAAGUUUCCUCCGGAAGGAUCGAAGCACACUCCGUCUCAUCAAUCUUGCGAAUUUAGAUGGAAGGAUUAUUGUCCAUUUGUAUUCAGGACCCUCAGAAAAUUAUUCGAUGUCGAUGAAGCAGAUUACAUGCUUUCGCUUUGUGGGAGUGACGCCCUUCGGGAACUUUCGUCCCCGGGAAAAAGCGGAAGCGUUUUUUACUUGACCAGUGAUGACAAAUACAUGAUAAAGACAAUAAAGAAGACUGAAGCAAAAGUCCUUAUAAGAAUGCUUCCAGCCUAUUAUAAGCAUGUUCAGUCCUUUAAGGACACUCUAGUUACAAAAUUAUUUGGUCUUCAUUGCGUGAAAUUAACUGGGGCAGUACAGAGAAAGGUUCGAUUUGUUAUAAUCGGGAACCUGUUUUGCUCCGACUAUGCCAUUCAUCGGCGCUUUGACUUGAAAGGUUCUUUCCAAGGUCGUACAACUGCUAAUCCUGAAUCUGAAUUAGAUCCGACAUCAACCCUCAAGGACCUUGAUCUCAAUUAUAUAUUCCGACUACAGAAACUGUGGUUCCAAGAGUUCUGCAGGCAAGUCGAUCGAGAUUGCGACUUUCUUGAACGUGAGAGAAUUAUGGACUAUAGCUUACUCGUCGGUUUGCACUUCAGUGAAGUUCCCACACCUACUGGAAAUGGAGAUUGCGGAAACAGAGAAGCUCCUCGUAUAUCUCAAGCUAGCAAUGAUCACCUUGUUAUCGACACCACACGGCAGUCUUCUGAUAGAUUGGGCAUAAAGAUAGCCGCUCGAGCCGAGAAAACGGAGAGGAAAACUGACUAUCAACUGGUUGGAGAACCAACUGGUGUGACAUAUGAUGUCAUUCUCUUCUUUGGUAUAAUAGAUAUUCUACAAGACUAUGAUAUUAGCAAGAAGCUUGAGCAUGUGUAUAAAUCAAUGCAAUACGAUCCGACCUCGAUCUCCGCCGUUGAUCCAAAGCUAUAUUCAAAACGCUUCCGAGAUUUCAUUUUCAAAGUUUUUGUAAAGGACACUUGAAAAUGUCACGAUCUUUACAAGAUUUUCGACUCGGAACCAGUGUCCAUUUUACGAACAUUCGAUCGUAUUCCAGAGUUGUGAUCAGUUAAAAGCAAAAAGUAUUCGACUUCAUUGACAUGGACAAGGAGGACGAAUCACGGAAGCACUGCACACGCCCUUGUAACCGAGGAUUAGUUUCUACUGGUGCAGAUAUGAUAUGUUAUUUUGAGGGCUUAGGGUAAAACACUGUAAACAUAGAUUCAUCUGUAAAUGAAAUUUUCA